AUGGCAUCCUUAAAACCCCCAUUCACGAAAGAAACGGCUCAUCAGAAGCUGAAGUUCGCUCAAGACAUGUGGAAUACCAAAAACCCGGAACAGGUGGCGAAAGCAUACACCCCAGACUGCAUCUGGCGAAACCGCGAUGUCUUCAUACAAGGGACGGAGGAGAUCAUCAAGCUCCUAACGGCCAAGUGGGAGAAGGAGAAGAACUAUCGACUGCGGAAAGAACUCUUCUGCGUGGGCGGCGACAGCAACGAGAAGAUCGCGGUGCAGUUCUGGUAUGAGUACCAGGAUUUGCAUGACGGCUACAAGUGGAAGCGGUGCUAUGGUCUGGAGGAUUGGACCUUCAACGAGGAGGGGAAGAUGAGGAAGAGGAUGAUGAGCGGCAAUGACGUUCUUCUGGGCAUUUGGGGAAGCGGUGAAGCCAUUCCGGAGCGGUCGAUUGAGGGAAGGUGGUUCUUGGACGGCGUGGAUGUUGAAGAUGAAUCCGUCACGAAAAUGAUCACUGAGAAGCAUUACUAG